GGAACAUCAACUUUCUGCGAACUGAAACGGGACAUUUUUGAGUAAAUAUUUUGAAGAUUAUUUCAACAGGUGAAAUUUUAAACUUGAGCGACGCGCUGAGGAAGACCUCCUGAUGGACGAAGACGCGGCACUGUCAGACCAGGACUCUUUGAGCUUGUUGAAGGAUCUCCCUGCUUGGCAAAGCAGAGGUGCAGCUGAGAUUGUCACUGCAGUUGAUUCAGGCACACAGACCGACAAAAAAGAGAUCAAGCAUGAAAUAAAUGUGAAUCAGCAGAACCAGAACCAGAACCAGUCGGUGACGCCUCACAGUUUGAACCCUGACACAGGCUCCUCGUCAGGAAAUGAAAGAAUCAAACGCCCCAGAUUCCUCCACAAGAGGAACGGGAAAGGGGAGACGUAUCUUCACACGGCGUGCAGGAGAAACGAUCUGGCGCAGGUGAAGUGGCUCAUUCAGGCUGGGAUCGGCGUCAACUUGGAGGACCACGCAGGAUGGACGGCUCUCCACGAGGCCGCCAAAGUGGGCGCCGAGGCCGUGGUGGAGGAGCUGCUGAAGGCCGGAGCUGACGUGAACGCCGGGAAGUGCGAUGGCGUGACGCCCCUGCAUGACGCCGUUUCCUCUGGAAGCUAUCAGGUGGUGAAGCUCCUCCUCCAGAACGGAUCGAACCCGUGCGACAGAGAGAUCAGCGGAAGUAGCGCGUUCGACAUGGCCAAGGAUCAGGACAUGAAGGAGCUGCUCGCCACGUUCAGGACGUCCGUAACGCAGCAGAGGCACUUUGAGGAGGCGGAGCCGCGAGCACCACCAGUUACCGUGAGUCCUGAGUGCCGGGUCAUUUCCAUGGGUCAUUUCCCCACAGAGCCGCGUGUCGGAGGCGGAGCCAACGAGCUGAGAGACGAUGCCGCUGCCGGCUCUGAUUACGUCCUCAGAGCUCAGAGUCAUUCCAUGACCGUGGCGGCGGUUCUGGAGGACCUGAGGAGGAAACAAACAGAAAUCCCAACCUGGCCUCUGAAAGACCUGAAGGAUGCAGACAAAUACAGAGAAGCUUUAACGCAGAUCCAGAGCGUGCUGGCGUUUGUUGUGGAUAAGCAGUGUUUGGAGAAGGAAAACCUUAAAGAAAAAUACAGGACGGUGCCACACCACUUCCACCAAACUCUCCUGAAAGGUCAGUUCUUGGCUUUAGCUUCUUGUCAGAGGAAACUGGUGGAAAUCCUCCAACAUCAAAAGCAUUUGGAACAAGCUUACGUCACCGCGAAGAACAAAAUGUUAAAUCACACAUCGAAUCACUGCAGACCGGCGGUACAGGUGAGGAGAAAACAUGCAGCCGUUCAGACGAGGGCUGAAGACGAGCGAUGUCUCCGUCGGCUCCUGCAGGGCGGCGUCCUGACAGCAGGCAGUUCUUUACGGCUCACUUUGAAGGGUAAGCAGCACGUGGCUCACGUUGGAGCCGAUGGCGCCGUCGUAAGUAAAGGCAAGGUGCACCGAGCUCCGGAGCGCUGGCUGGAGUCCAUCCUCGGGAAAAAUAUCCCCGUCAGCUCAACGUACGCUCUGGAGAAGGUGACUUUCAGAGACAAACCUUUAUCUCACUACUUUCUAAACAUGGAGGCCGAAGAAAAUGGCGGCGGCUGCAGUUCUGCUGUGCAGGAGCCGACUCCCGAAGCAGGAAACUGGUGUCAAAUGUUGAAAAACAUUAAGAUGAUCCAUCUGGUGAGCGACGAGGAGUUCCUGCCCAGCGCUGUGAUGGAUUAUUACUGGGACAAGCUCCUGAGACAAACGCCCUCUGAGCUGGAAGACUGGGACUCUGAACUGUAACCUGACUUGUUUUUAAAACCACAUCUUUAUUUGGGUCUGAGACGUUAAACGGGUGGUUUUCAUGUCGAGGAGGAAGUUUUUGGAGUUUUCACGCAGCAGCAGGUGGCAGCACACAAUCACACAAAUCUGAGAGGGAAGAUCCCCAACGGGAGCGUGUCAUGACACUGGGGUUUAUCAGUCAUGUGAUCAACAUGUAAUCCCCGUCUUACUCACGUGCUCCCCCUAAAACCACUGACCUGAAUAUGCUAAUUCAACCCACUUAUCUUCAGAUGUAACUCUUAAAGCUGGGUAAGUUUGAUUUUGUGGUGGAUUGAUUCAAAAAUCCUCUCAUGUCACUUCUUUAUAAUUAAAAAUUACCUUAUUUUUCCACUUCUGAGUCAUUAAACUGAAGAGAUUUGCCUUUGCAGACGUAGAAAUAGGCUCAAAUCUUUAAAAGAACAAUAUUUGACAGAUGCAGAUAAGUUUUAAAGAAUGAGCAGCAUGUUAAAAAAAAAAGAGGAUGACAGAUUCCUUCAGUGUAGCCUGAGGUUUAUUUCUCCAUUCACUGCAUUCUUUCCAGCCUGUUUGCUGCUCUUCUUCACUUCAACCAAACUGCUUAUGUCACCGAGUUUGUUUCCUGUGCCGAUAUGGAAGCCUAU